AACUGGUAUCACCACCUUAACUAUAUUAACCUAUGGUAUUGACCAACUUUUAUUCUGUGGUAUGGGAGAAAAUUGUGCAGGAUUUAUUGGAGUUCAUGUUGGUGCUGGAAAUCAUUCAGAAAGCAAAAAGUCUGAUUAUGAAAGAGUUUGCAAAAGAGCUUGCCAAAAGGCCAUUGAAAUUCUGCAUCAAGGGAAAACGGCACUUGAGGCAUUGGUUGUUGCGAUCAAAAUCCUAGAGGACAGUCCUCUGACGAAUGCUGGUGUUGGUUCGAAUUUAAACUUGGCCGGUAACGUUGAAUGCGACGCGAGUAUCAUGGACGGAAAGACAAGCAGUUUUGGAGCUGUCGGUGCGAUUUCAGGUGUGAGAAAUCCGAUUGUGGUAGCGAAGAAAUUAGCUGAAGAGCAGAGUAUCUCGUAUCCAUCAGGACGAGUUCCACCGAUGAUUAUGUGUGGUGACGGCGCACUGGAUUGGGCUGUGAAACACGGUGUUAUUGGAGUAUCACGGAAGUCUAUGAUUACAGAUAGUUCACUGAAAUCAUUCAAUAAGUAUUUCAAAUACGCUGAAAACGACGAAGAAGGACAUUUUAACUGUGAGAUGAAGGCAAAAGGAAGGCAGAAGAAACGUAAAAUCGAGAUGAUGGAUCCAGUGAAUCAGGAGGAGAAUUUGCUGGACACCGUAGGAGCUGUGUGUAUGGACACAAAUGGCAAUAUUUGUUCUGGGGUUUCAAGUGGGGGACUUCUUCUCAAAUCUCCAGGACGAUUAGGCCAGGCUGCUAUAUAUGGAAGUGGCUGUUGGGCUGUGACUAUGACCGAGGACACUCCAGUUGGUAUAGCGUGCUCUAGCUCAGGGUGCGGUGAAGAGUUGAUAAAAACCUUACUCUGUAAAGAGUGUGCUGACCUAUGUACUGACAGUUGUAUUGAUAAGAAUGGAACGGCAGUAUUAGAAGAGCUGUUGCAGAAAAAAUUUCUUGAUUCACUCCGUCUUUCAAGAACCAAUGAAAAGUCGGCGGGGAUUAUUUUACUAAAAUGUAAAAUUAACAACACACAAGACUCGCGACAAAUGCUGGUGGAUUUCUCUUGGGGUCACACAACGCGCACCAUGGCUGUUGGGUACAUGGGUGCCAGAGAUGAAAAACCUAAGUUUGAUCUGACAAGAUUGGAAACAGAUAAUUCUCCACGUCGUUCAGUUUUGGUUCAAGGAAUCGUGCAAACACAAGAAUUAUCAGCGCAAGAUAAAGACGGCGAACUCAAAACAGCGAUGGAGCACUGUAAACACGGCGAAGCUAAAGAUUUGAAAAACAUGGCUUUAAGCGAAGCAGAUUUAAAAGCGAGUGUGCAUGAACCAGAUGUUUCAACAAAGGACUUUAUUAUGCAGCAGACAAUGUUGAGAAUAAAAGACCCCAAAAUUAGUUUGGACUUCUACACACGUGUGCUUGGAAUGAGGCUUCUUGGAAGAUAUGAUUUUCCAGAAAUGAAAUUCAGCUUGUUUUUUGUUGGAUAUGAAAAAGCAGAAGAUAUACCAGAUGAGCAAGAUGCCAGGACAAAAUGGUGUUUUUCCAGAGUCGGGACCAUAGAGCUUACACACAACUGGGGAACAGAAAAUGAUCCAGAUUUCAGCUAUCAUAAUGGAAAUAGUGACCCAAAAGGAUUUGGUCAUAUUGGCAUAGAAGUGCCUGAUGUUAAAGAAGCUUGUGAGAGAUUUGAAAAACUUGGAGUCAAAUUUGUCAAAAAACCGAAUGAUGGAAAAAUGAAAGGUCUGGCAUUCAUUCAGGAUCCUGAUGGUUACUGGAUUGAAGUGCUCAACAGCAACAAUCUCGUUAAGCUAACUAAAUGAGGACAAUUAGAAUGCAAUCAACAAGGUACCAAUUAUAAAUCUUGAUUUGUGGAAGGUAUGAUAAAAUAUUUCAUUCCCUAAGUUUACCAUACAUUGAUAAUAUAUGCUACAUGAUCAAAGUUCAUUGUGAUUUGAUGGACUAUUACAUAUACUAUGUAAAUCACACUGUUCAACAAUGUGUCUAAAA